AUGAAAAAAAAAAAAAAAAGGCGUUUGUCGUUGUGUGUGUGUGUAUAUCUCACGGAGAGAAAGAGAGACAUUGUCGAAUGCUGCUGGGCAGCGUUAGGUCUCCUGUUUUGUUUUUGUUAUUUUUGGAUUUUAAACGCUCUUUAUUUCAUUGUUCUUUUUUUUUUUUUUUUUUUUUUGGCCUUCCCCGUUUGUUUGGCCUGUGCACUGAAAUACAAGACAAAGGGAGGGACAAGGAGCAAAAGGACUGUCAGAUUCAUGGUGGACAAAGAUGCAGCGAACCUUAUGGAAGAGCUUCACAAGGCGAAGCAGAAUCUCUCCGAGGUUAUUGAUGAGUGCGUCUUUGUGGAGCGCCAGCGCGACCACAUUGAGCAGGAGUUGACAGCAGAGAUAAGAGAACGUGAUCGAAUUGUUUCUGACGCAUUCACUUGUUUAGUGUCCUUGACGGAGUACCUUUCAUUGUUGGAGCGACGGGUUAUCCUUCCCGCCCUAGGAACGUUUAGUGCGGUGGUGAGCAAAGUACAGGAGGUAAAUGGGACUCGCAGUGCGACUAUUGAGCGUGUUGAGGGAGUUUUUAGCGCGCACGACUCCACGCAUUUUCGGGGUAUACUGGCGAAAAUGCCUCCCAUUGCCGGUAGUCUUGAAAAUGAGAUUCGACAGAGGCUGUUAAAGACUGCAGCCCCCUUCUCCAUAGAAGAGGCGUACGUGCUGCUCAGUGCCCUCCUUGAAGAGAAGGAUAAACUGAUAGAAAAGAUCAAUGAGGCUUUGCUUCACAUGAAUAAUGCCGUUUUGAAGGUUCGUGCCCCGAGUUCCGUUCCCGUGAGCCAGUUAGAUGAAAUUCGAGAGCUGCGUCAAAAGGUGACGGCACUUGUGCAGGAAGUGAAGCUCCGCGACAGUGAAAAGAAGGAGGCGGCGCGGCGCAUUGCGUUUCUCCAAAAGGCCCUGGAUAGUGAACAGAAUAACGUUAAGGAGCUGCAUCAUCUGCGUAAAACGAUGAAGCGUCAGGAACGAACCAUUGAACAGCUGCGGUUGUCUAGUGGAUCGCCGGCUCGACCGAAGCCAGACUCUUUGGCAGCAAAGAAUAGCAUUGGUGGUGGUGGUGGUAUCGAUGAAGAGGAGUUGAUUCCACAAAUAAAGGCAAAUGAAAUGACAAUUGGGGCGCUAAACAAGGAGUUGGCGAUAUUGGAGGAAAACUACAGGGUGCUGGAGAGGCGCAGUGAGAAGGAACGGGAGGAGCUUCAGGCAGAAUUGGCAAGUGUUAGGAGCAGGCACCAAGCGGAACAAGAAGAAUACAACACAGUUCUGGGGCGAGUUACAAUGGAACUGGAGCAAUUAGUGGCUGAAAAUGCACAGUUGAAGAAGCGUCUCAAGCAAAUGCAUGCCAAAAGGGCAUUGUAA